AUGCCGCCGCGACCCCAAGUGUUGAAUGAUGUCUUUCAGCAGGCAGCCGAUCAGGCAAGACAAAAGUUGCCCCAGCUAACGCGAAACCAACAGGUUUCCCGUUUGUACCGCAAUUCGCUGAAAGUUUUAAACAGUUGGGCAAUCGAUAGGGAUAUUUUCAACGAAGAAGCAACCAAGCUGAGAGCACGCUUCGAUGAAUCUCGAGGCUGCAACGCUGGCAAGGCGCUUCGAUUGCUUCGAGAGGGAGAAGAUGAAUUGUAUGCGUACAUGCACCCGGAUCCAUAUCGCAACCCUAUCAUGCCUGGGGGUACCAAGUUCAUGAGAAAUCCUCCUCUACCAAUGGAUGUUUGCUUCCCUGACGGAAACUACCCUGCUGAUGCUCCAAAGUAUGAAAUCAAUCCUGAUUGGAGUAAGGCUACUCCGGAAAAUGGACGAGCAGCUACCGGAUACGUCUUGGUUGAUUUCGGAAAGAAGAAUAUGGAGUAG